AUGGACCAGAAAAAUGGAAGUUCUUUUACUGGUUUUAUUCUGAUGGGUUUCUCUGACAGGCCUCAACUGGAGCUAGUCCUCUUUGUGGUCCUUUUGAUCUUCUAUAUCUUCACUUUGCUGGGAAACACGACCAUCAUCGUAUUGUCUCAACUGGACCCACAUCUUCACACACCCAUGUACUUUUUCUUCUCCAACCUAAGCUUUCUGGACCUGUGUUAUACCACUAGCAUUGUUCCACAGCUCCUGGUUAAUCUCAGGGGAACAGACAAAUCCAUCUCCUAUGGGGGUUGUGUAGUUCAACUACAUAUCUCUCUAGGCUUGGGAUGUACAGAAUGUAUUCUCUUAGUAGUUAUGGCUUUUGACCGGUAUGCAGCUGUAUGCAAGCCCCUCCGCUACACAGUAAUCAUGCACCCUUGUCUCUGUGCCUUGAUGGCUUCUGCUUCAUGGCUCAUUGGUUUUGCCAACUCCCUAUUGCAGACAGUGCUCAUCUUCCUUUUACCACUUUGUGGAAGAAAUAAAUUAGACCACUUUCUUUGUGAGAUCUCCCCAUUGCUCAAGCUUGCCUGUGUUGACACCACUGUGAACGAAUCUGAGCUCUUCUUUGUCAGUGUCAUCAUUCUUCUUGUGCCUGUUGCAUUAAUCAUGUUCUCUUAUGGUCAGAUUGUCAGGGCAAUCUUACGCAUAAAGUCAGCAGCAGGGCAGAGAAAAGCUUUUGGGACAUGUGGAUCUCAUCUCAUAGUGGUGUCCUUGUACUACGGUACAGGUAUCUUUGCUUACCUGCAGCCCAGCAACAACUACUCUCAAGACCAGAGCAAGUUCAUAUCUCUCUUCUAUACCAUUAUUACACCCAUGAUCAACACCCUCAUAUAUACAUUGCGGAACAAAGAUGUGAAGGGAGCAGUUAAGAAGGUGCUUUGGAAGGACUAUGAGUCCACAUGA